AUGACGAAACGGGGACGUGGGCGGCCGAGAACCGCAGUGCCACCGUCACCGGUGAAUCAUGCCCUACUGGAGAAUCAGCCGAAAGCGGAGAAUGUGAAAUUGAAGGAGGUAGAGCGAACAGACGAUCAUGAAGAUACUAGCGAUGAGAAAGCCGAUAGAAAUAAUGAAGAACAACAUGUACCAGAAACCCAAAUUGUGAAGGAAAGCGAGUCUGAAAUCCUAAUUAUGAAAGAAAAGCAUGAAGAAUGGAAGCUAUGGAUGGAUGUACUCAGUGAUAAUCGUAAUCCUGCAAAGGGGAUUUAUGUGGAGUAUGUGGCGCCUAAAAUCGCCAAUGGUGAAAUGGAAUUCGAAAUUGAAGAAGAAGAUGUAGAAACAUAA